AUGACCGCAGAAGUUAGACCGCGAUAUGAGUCAAUGAAGAGUCAGAGCUCAUCCUCAUGGGGUGUACGGCCACCAUCACCUACUUACUCGACCACAACCACCGGAUCAAAGGUGAACUUGCCCGAGAAUCAUGCGUUAAUCACCAGGAAAGAUCUGCGACAAUCUAUCAUAUGCUUGGAAGAGCUUAUGGCAGCUGCUAAGGCAUAUCGCAAUGCUCUACUAGCAAUGUCAUCAGCCACCGCAGCCUUUGCAUCAGCAAUGGAAGCAUGCUCGAGAGUGAAAGGUUGUCGAGCCUCAAAUUCCGCUUUGGCCGGUACAUCAGGCCUUCAAUAUCUUGUGUCCAAUCAUGAGCAGAUAUUGGCAGAUACAGUAUACCGUCAAUUUGAAAUACCACUAUUAGAAGCGCUGGAUCACUACAAGCUGAUAACUGCGGAUCGCUUGGCUGCUUAUGAGAAAUCGUUACACGAGCAAAGUAACAAGAUUAGGAAGACGGAAGCAGAAAAUCUGAAACAUGGACGAAAGAAGAAAAGAGAUCUGCAGCAUUUUAGGCAAGCACUAGCUGAGCUACAAAGACAGGUAGACGAAUUAGAUGCUAUAAAAGCUGGGUAUCACGAAGAGGUGUUGGAGGGAGAAGAUGAGAUUUGGGACACAGUACUUCACAAAGUAGCUUUUGUGGUCCGAAGUCAACUUGAUUUUUAUGAGAAACUCGCUGGGAAAGCUAGUGAUCCGAUAUUGGAACCUCUUGUUAUGUCUAUACCAGAUCCUUUCGACUCUUAUGGGCCACCAAAGGAAGAAGGUCAGAUAUUCAGCGUACUCGCUCCUCUGGGUUUAUUGGACAGCACACCUCAAUCGCCAACUCCCAAUCUCACACGUACGGCAUCAUCUCCUGCCAUUUCAACACCUAGACGAUCUGCUUCUCCAAUAAAAUCAGGAAUCCCAGCUGCCUUAACAACAUCAGUGACGACUCCUUCGAGAGCGGAAGCUUCUACUGACCCUGUUCAUGGCCAGUUGAAUGGGUUUUUGGAUCCCAAAGAUGAUCAAGAUUCCCGUAAUGGCUAUGGAAGAGCCAGAAGAGAGCUGAGCAUCAUUGAAGAGAGAGAUGCAGGAAGUAUAGUGACCAAGGACGAGGAUGUCGAGCAUGAUGAUGUCCACGCAAACGAGGAGGACAGCGGGGCGGAAGAGGAGAACGACGACAGUGACGAGCAGGGAGUCAGCUCUGGAGAAGACAAGGAUGAGCAACGACCAGGAGCUUCGCCUACGGCAGUCGUUUCCCAGGCGUCAGGGUCAGAGACGAAAACAUCGCCAGGGCACGUAUCGGACCAAAACAACGGGAGCACAUCGCCUGACAUAUCGCAAACAGACAGUGACAUCUAA